CACAGGAAAAGAAAGAAGAGGGCAGAAUGAGAGGGUCCAGAGAGCGCGAGAGAUUGUGCUGAGUUCCUGGCUGACGCGACCAGACAGCGUCUGCAAACAAAAAAAAAACCAGAAACAUUUUUGGGAGGAUGUGAUGCAGGACAAAGGAUUUCUCUCCCCGCCGUCCCUGUCUCCCAGACAACUACCUCCACGCUCCCCACGGUCCUCUCCUAAUCCCAAUUAAUGCUACGCAGGCAAAGAUCGUUUUUUUUGUUCUUGUGCACCGGUUCUCUGAUUGCGGAGUCCUGCUCUCUCUGCGGUCGGUUUUCGUUGAUCCCUCCUGCAUUGGUCCGCUCCGGCUCAGAUCCGAUUCUCUAGGUUUGUAUCCUUUUGUUUAGUUCCUUUUCCGAUCCUUCCUUUAUCAAGUUUUCUGGCGGUGACGGUGAGGGGGAAGUGGGUUGGCAAUACGACGAAGACGCGGCCGCCUGUCGCCGUGGGUUCAUCCGUAUGAGGAAAAGAAAGACCAGAGUAUCAGGUGGAACAACAGAAUUCUAGGUACUGCCGGGCCGCUCAACAAGGGAAGAGCAAGAGCUCCAGUCUCUGUCCCACUGAGGGGUUGUGAAUCAUGAUCCUCUAAUAACCAUACCCUGGAAGGCUGGAACAAAUUUCGUUCCAAAAGGGACAUAAUCAGAGAAGGCCAGUUAAGGGGGCAGUGAGAAGGGAUGGCGAUGGAGUUGGCCAAGCAAUUGCUCGUCGCUGUUCUCAGAAGCUAUGCACCACCUCUCUGGGCUACAAUCAUUGCCAGUGUUUUUGUUAUCAUCUCCGUCUCACUGUCCCUGUACUUGCUACUCAAUCAUCUGUCAGCCUACAAAAACCCAGAGGAACAGAAGUUUCUUGUCGGCGUCAUCCUCAUGGUGCCAUGCUAUGCAGUCGAGUCGUAUAUAUCAUUGGUAUAUCCGUCAAUAAGUGUGGACAUCGAAAUUAUGCGAGAUGGUUAUGAGGCAUUUGCUAUGUACUGUUUUGGGCGCUAUCUAGUUGCUUGCUUAGGUGGUGAAGAUAGGACAAUUGAAUUUUUGAAAAGGGAAGGUGGUUCAGGUUCUGCUGUACCACUCUUAGGCCAAGCAUCUGAACAACGAUAUGUAAACCAUCCAUUUCCAAUGAACUACAUGCUUAAACCAUGGCCGCUAGGCGAAUGGUUUUACUUGGUCAUCAAAUUUGGGCUAGUUCAAUAUAUGAUAAUAAAAUCAAUAUGUGCUAUUCUUGCGGUGAUUCUUGAAUCCUUUGGAGUGUACUGUGAAGGAGAGUUUAAGUUGAACUGUGGGUACUCUUACACGGCUGUGGUUCUCAAUUUCAGUCAGUCAUGGGCCUUAUACUGUCUCGUUCAGUUCUAUGCUGUGAUAAAGGAUGAGUUAGCUCAUAUAAAGCCUCUUGCAAAGUUUCUGACAUUCAAGUCUAUUGUGUUCUUAACAUGGUGGCAAGGUAUAGCAAUUGCACUGCUCUUCAACUGGGGUUCGUUGAGAGGCCCUAUUGCUCAAGAAUUGCAGUUCAAGUCAAGUAUCCAAGACUUUAUUAUCUGCAUAGAGAUGGGUGUUGCUGCCGUUGCCCACCUGUAUGUCUUCCCUGCGAAGCCAUACGAGCUAAUUGGUGAUUGUUUUGUUGGAGAUGUUUCAGUUCUUGGAGAUUAUGCUUCUGUCGACUGCCCUCUAGACCCCGAUGAAGUCAAGGAUAGUGAGCGCCCAACCAAGUUUAGGCUCCCCCAGCCAGAUGAUCAUGUUAGGUGUUCCACUGCCAUAAAAGAAAGCGUCCGUGAUGUCGUACUUGGGGGCGGUGAAUACAUUGUGAAUGACUUGAAGUUUACCGUGAACCAUGCUGUGGAACCCAUCAAUGAAAAGCUGCACAUGAUAUCCGAGAACAUCAAAAAGCGUGAGAAGGGAAAGAGGAAAACGAAUGAUGAUAGCUGCAUCAGUUCACCAACAUCCUUGACCAGGGUCAUCAGUGGGAUUGAUGAUCCGCUCCUGAACGGAAGCUUGAGUGACAACAGCGGUCCAAAGAAAGCACGGAGGCAGCGCAGGAAAUCAGGCUAUGCAAGCGCAGAGAGCGGUGGGGAGAGCAGCGACCAUGGCCUAGGCGGGUUUGAGAUCCGAGGGAACAGAUGGAUUACUAGGGAGUGACAGCUAGGAGCAAUCUGUGGAGAUACUAUGUAAAUGUCACAGGAGUUGGCCUGUGGUGAUGUGCGAUAACCGGGCCAGUGGGUUCUGAGCGUAAGACGAGGUCUCUAGCAAUGAUAUGUUGUAGCGUGACUAAAUCGAGAUGAGCAAUCAGGUUGUUGUCUGUUGAUUCUUUCGGCUGACCAUUUCGGCUGCUGAGGCCUUGAUCCUGUAUUUGAGAUGUCAGGCCUACUUAGAGCAAAUGCUGGAAGGAAGCAAUGUGCCUGUUCUGAGGUCCCUCCAGCAUCACUUGUAAUUUGUAAAGUACUCAAGUACAGACUAGAACUAGUCAUGCAUACCAGAAGAAUAGAUAGAUGUUUCAGAAGUUGAGGCCUGAGAUGCCGUGCCACUCUAUUUGCUCUGUUUCAUGCUUUGCCGUUAUUAUAUCACUAUUUUCACUGUUCA